UCCACUCUCCCCCUUCUCUCUCUUGCGACACUUCUCCAUCAAUCCACUUCAAAGCUCAUCACCGUAGUUUUGAUAGUAAUUCGCCGGAGUUACUGCUCGAAUGAUUACGAUCUGCUCAACCCGCCGGCGGAGCUCGAGAAGAGGAAGCACAAACUCAAGCGCCUCGUCCAAUCCCCAAAUUCUUUCUUCAUGGAUGUCAAGUGUCAGGGUUGCUUCAACAUAACUACUGUUUUCAGCCACUCUCAGACGGUGGUUGUUUGCGGCAACUGUCAGACUGUGCUCUGCCAACCCACCGGAGGGCGUGCUAGGCUCACAGAGGGAUGCUCAUUUAGAAGAAAGGGUGAUUAAUUUUAAAUCUACUUUUGAUUGUAUUUACAUUAUUAAGAUAGUGAAAAAAAUGAUAUUCUGAGAGGAUUUUUUGGUUUAAUGUGACUGAGUAAUUGUUGUGUUGUUUUAUCUAGAUUUUUAUGACUG